AUGAGUUUAGAAAGUUUGGAUGUAAAUUUGGAGGACCUCGACAACCUCUAUUUCUCACCGCCGGAGACACCUGCCCGGCGCGAACAAGCACCAUCGCCAGUUCGCGAUGCUAACAUACACCCAGUUUUAGAGUUGCUCGAGGAACUCGCCGGCGAUAUCGGAUUUGAAACCAAAAACAUACUUGAUAAUCUUGAAACCACAAAAACCCAUAGAAGCGUCACAAUAGAAAAUAAACGUGAAAUCAAGACCUCAGCUAAAAAUAUUGCAUCCAUCUUUGACAGUUACGCAAAUCAGAUGCGCACACAAAUUCGUAACAUUCUGUUACAAACACCCACCCCUACAGAUCGGUCGUCGAAGGGAGUUCAAACCGACCCUGACGACAAUCUGCAGGGGGAAGCAAGCAACAUCGUGGCCACCGUCCAGGCGGAACUUGACCAGAUUCGGGAGGAGCAAAGAGCCCUCAGCGAACUGGUCAAGACAGCAAUCUCCGAAAAGGAGUCGGGCUGCACUGAGGAGUCCAGACGCCCCACUUACAGCGAGCAGCUCCGAAAACCAUCGACUACUAAGCCCAAAAACAACCCCGCACUUGUUGCGACGGUUGAAUCCGCCAAAUCAACGACUGAGGCAUUGGGCACCUUCAGGCAACAAAUAUCGUUCAAAAACCAAAAUUUUGCACCAACUAAAUUAAAACCUCUCACUGCCACAAAAAUCCGUAUCGAGUUUGAAAAUAAACAGCCGCGUGACGAAACACUGCUCAGGCUUAACAACACCACCAUCAAAGCUGAGCCUGCCAGGACCCUCUCGCCGAUGGUCAUUCUGAAGGGUAUUUACAAGGAUACCCUGAAGGAUGAACUUGUCGGAAUAAUAUCCUCUCAGAACCCAUCGGUGAGAGCAACCCUGAACGACGAAAACAGGCUUGAGCUGUGUUUCGUCACAAAUAACCGCAACCCCAACCUUUACAACGCGGUCUUCAAGUGCCCACCCGAAACAUGUAAUGCUGUUAUAUUCCGAAAAAUAUACUUGAAGAAGCCUGGGAAAGAAUCCUACACCACCCCAAAGUCCUACCGGCCUAUCGGGUUGCUGCCGGUACUGGGGAAGAUUUUUGAGAAAAUGUUGGUGGCCCGCCUCAGAUAUCACCUCUUGCCAAGAACCAGCGAGCGCCAAUACGGAUUUGUCCCACAAAAGAGCACCGAAGACUCCCUCUAUACCCUAAUAAAUUACAUAAGGAAAAAAUUGGACAAAAAGAAAAUAGUGACACUGGUGUCUCUAGAUAUAGAGGGGGCCUUCGACAGUGCCUGGUGGCCUGCGAUCCGUGUCAGGCUUGCUGAAGAACAGGUACCGGUGAAUCUGAGAAGGGUCUUCGAUAGCUACCUCAAGGAUAGGACAGUGGGAGUAAGGUAUGCGGGGGAAGAACAUAAUAGGGAAACCAGCAAGGGAUGCGUACAGGGAUCAAUAGGGGGGCCCAUUUUAUGGAACCUCCUUUUGGAUCCUCUGCUAAAACAGCUUGACGAGAAACGGGUGUACUGUCAGGCAUUUGCAGACGACGUGGUCAUGGUGUUCGAGGGGGAGACGGCACUGGAGAUCGAGAACAAGGCAAAUGCCGCGCUCAGCCAUGCGUUGGCUUGGGGCGUCGAAAAUAAGCUUAAGUUUGCACCCUUAAAAACAUGCGCCAUGGUGAUAACCAGAAGGCUGGUUUAUGACGAACCACGCCUUAGUAUGGGAGGGGUGGGCAUCGCGAUGUCCAGGGAUGUCAAAAUUCUCGGCCUCACCAUCGAUGACAAACUAACUUUCAAUAAACACGUCGCAAGCAUCUGCAGUAAAGCACUCAAUAGAUAUAAGAUGCUGGCCAGAACCGCCCGUGUAGGAUGGGGCUUACACCCGGAAAUUAUUAGGCUAAUAUAUACAGCAGCAAUUGAACCAACUAUCAUGUACGCAGCAAGUGCAUGGGCUCCUGCCGUGAAAAAGCUGGGAGUCAUAAAGCAGUUAAAAGCGGUUCAAAGGGGUUUUGCACAAAAGUUGUGUAAAGCAUACCGUACAGUCUCUCUGAAUUCAGCGCUACUGUUAUCCGGAUUGCUCCCCCUAGACCUCCGAGUCCGUGAGAUGGCUUCAUUAUAUGAAACCAAGAAGGGAGCCCGUGCUCCAGUGGCGCUGGAGGACAGAGAGAUCGAAGCUAUGACACCAGCCGUAAAAGCACCACAUCCGGCAGAACGGGAAGAAAUUACCUUCGAACGUAUAUGCGGUGAGGAGCAGUACCAAGAUUGUGAAAAGCUGCAAAUGCGGAUAUACACGGACGGCAGCAGGAUUGAUGGUAAGGUAGGCGCGGCGCUAUCCAUAUGGAAGGACGCCAGCGAGACCAAAGCCAUCAAACUUGCACUGUCCAGCUACUGCACAGUAUAUCAGGCCGAACUCCUGGCCUUAAAUCGCGCGACAAAAGAAGCAGAAAGGGCUACUGCUGCUACCCAAAUCGGAAUCUUCAGCGACUCAAUGGCGGCAUUGCAGGCCACUGUUAACCCGAACUCUCGACAUCCCCUGGCAGUCGAAAGCAGGGAGAUGAUAAAGCGCUGUAAAGACCAAAAUAAAAAUCUCUCCCUCUUUUGGAUCAAGGCACACGCUGGACUGCCGGGAAAUGAGAGAGCGGACGAGUUGGCGAAAGCGGCUGCUCUGAAGUUAAAGAAAAGUCCCGACUACAGUAUGUGCCCCAUAUCUUUCGUGAAACGAAACCUGCGGAUACAGACCAUGAGUGAAUGGAACCAACGGUACGUGACGGGAGAAACGGCCUCGGUGACAAAAACGUUCUUCCCUGACGCGCUGGCGGCGUACAGGGUAGUAAAGAAAAUGAAGGUUGAGGCUGAAACCACCCAGCUUAUGACAGGGCACGGCGGGUUCUCCUCAUACUUGUACCAAUACAAGUGUAAGGAUAACCCAUCGUGUACCUGCGACCCAGAAGUCGAGGAGACAGUGUUGCACUUGCAUGACACCAACCACACCGCCGUAAGUCAAACCUGCCCCAGACUCAUCGCAGCGAAAUCCAACAUCGAGAGUAGAAUCUCCUAUGAUUAA